AUGCUUGGCUCCAGGGCGGUUACCCGUCUCGUCGCUGAGGCGGCGUCAGUCGCUAACGCUGCUGGCCAGCCUGGCAAAUCGUCAGGGAUCGUGAACCGACGGCUGCACCAGCUUCAAGGUCACUCUCAGGACAAGCAGAGACGCCCGCAGGACCACGCAGCGGCUACCGACUCGCCGCCACCUCGGCCUCCCUUGGCACCCAGCAUCGAGCGACGAGAGCCGUCAGACGCUCCCUCUCCGGCAGCAUCCAGCAUCGUCAAGAGGCGCGACCCUGCUUCGACCAAGCGCAUCGCACCAAUCGACGCCACGAUCCAUGCCACCGCCAGACGCAGGGCGGCCUCGGCCCGGCCCAGUACUUCGAGUCAGAGUGAUGGUCCCGCUUCGACGACGUCCGGACAGCGCAAGCAACGCAGCGCGACGGCUAAGACAGCUGGGUCUCCUUCAUACGGAGGACAUGCCCCGUCAAAUCAAGGGAGCGGCCAGCAGGUCGAGGCCGCCAUCGUGGCUGACGGCGCUAAGGAUCUGUCAGAGGCCUCGACCGACACCUCCUCUGGCGUCACCGCCAACCGUGCAUCGCCCGUCGCUGGAAGCUCCUCGAUCCUCGAUCGGUUCAAGUCGCAGCUGCUCGGAUCGCUCGAACAGCAAUCCAAAAGACAGCAUGAGCCGCGGCCGGAACACGAAGAAGAAUCCGACAGAGAGUACAAGGAAUUGGUCGGCAUGGUCAACAGGGAAAUGGGAGAGGCUCAUGAGCGGAUGGCAUCUGCCUCUGAGGCAGACAAUCCGUUGUGGACCGUCUCGCCAACACGCCCGACUCUCGACGAGAUCCAGAAUGCCGCCAAGGAUGGCUUCGCCAGUCAGUACAAGUCCAGCACCGCCUGGGACCCCCAGAAGGACUAUGCCAUGAUCCCCAAUGGUCCGGAGGUCGUGUCCGAGACGGAGCAGGUCCUUCGCAAAGACCGCAAGCACAUCACGAUGAUCAUCGAUGGAGACAACCUCAAGUUCCAGCCUCGGCACAUGCGCCUCGGUCACAAAGGAGGCGUGUUUGCCUACAACGAGCUCAAGCGGCUCGUUGCCCGGAAGCACUCCCUCAACCCAGACACGCUCGACCUGCGCCUCCGCAUCUUCGCCGUGUACCCCUGGCUGGUCAAGUUUCUCGAGCGCGCGGGACUCGUCGCGCGCUUCGUCGCCAUGGAGUUUUUCGAGGGACUCGCCGAUGCCAACCCGCACAACUACAUCGUCAAUGUGCGCAAAGACGAGCAGGCCGCCGACAAGCGCGUCAAGGUGGCGCUGGCCGAUGCCGUCAGGGACCCAGACUGCUUCCGCGUCUACCUCGGAGGGAUCGACGACUUUGGCUACAUGCCCGAUCUGCGGACGCUGUACGACUUUAAAUACCUGCCGGGCAAGGUGCACCUGAUCCAGGUGCCCAGCCACGCGGCCAAAUCGCGCAUCUACAAGGAGAUGGCGGCUAGCAUGGUGGAUCUCGACUACAUCUUUCUCGGCCCGUCGAGUAACGCAGCCAUCCAGCGUUUGGCUGACAAGGACCAGGUGCUGAGGGCGGCCUCAACAUUCAAGGAGCACGACGUCCCCUGCGCCUACCAUCACCUUAGCAAAACGGGCUGCCUCCACGAGGCCUGCGGCUUCAGCCACAAACCGAUCUCGCAGGAGCAAAAGGAAGAAAUGCGGCGCUACCUCAAGCAGCGUAGAUGCAGCCACGUCGCGCGCGGCGAGGUGUGCAAGUACGGUGACGACUGCUUGUUUGGGCAUUGA